AUGGUCCCAGUCCACCUCUCAAGCCAUGGGACCCUCUCCAAGCUGGCCUUGAGACAUCACCUGCGCUGGUGCCAACUGGGGCUUGCCAGGGCGAUGAGGGCAGAGGGGCCGCAGGACCUAGAACUUGCCCAGAGGAAGCUCCCGGCUGGUGCUGGCCCUGGUGGCUUACGGAAGGAGGCCACAAUUUCUGGCCACCAAAGGGAGGUGAUAAUUGCUCCUGAGGUGACAAUUGCUCUUGCUGCCCAGGAUCUAUAUUGCCCGUGGAGGAAGAUGAUUGGGCUUGAUGCGGCCGUCGGCGGCCUGGCCUCCUUCUUCAGCUCAUAUAAGGUAAAAAGAAAAAGGUUUUUCCAGAUCCUCGGCGGCGUGGAAGGACUUUUCGCCGAGGACUCCCAUGCCAGCUGCUUAAAAACCCCCGGCUGGCGGCGCCGGGGUCCCAGCGGCGGGUUAUAUUGGGAGGAGACGAGGCGCCCGGCGGGCUGGGUCGUGGGAGCAACGGGAACAUCGUCGCUGGAGGCAGCCGGGAGCACACCAGGGCUGUACAGCUCCAGAAACAUGGCCAGCAGCAAGACAUGGGCAGAGCCCAUGUGCCAGCACUGCAUCGGUGCGGGCACCCCCAUGUGCCUUUUCUCUGGGCACCGGCAGCCACACACACACUCGCGGCGCCUGCUGUGCUGGGCAGCCUGGGCAGGGCUGAGGCACCCACGACCCAGCCGCUGGAAAGAGGCUGGGCACUUCCCAGGAGAUGCCCCAGCCGAGCCAUCCCGCGUGGAGGAGGCUGCUGCCAGCUCUGCUCGCCGGGUGUGCGCGGACACUCCUCUGGGCGCUGCUGCGGGGCCGGCUGCGAGGGACGGAGCUUGGCUCUGCAAAGGUUUGGGGCGGCUGCAGGGCAGAGUGGCCCUGCGGGCUGCCGUGUCCCACCAGCAUCCCUUUGCUCCGGUUUCCUGUAGCUCCUUUCCACACUUGGCUGGGGCUGGCGGCUGGCUGGCCCGGCCGGGGCUGGCCCGGGCUGGGCUGGGAGAUAAGCCCGCGCCGCCGAAGGCUUUUCCCAGACCGCACUCCGGGGUGACUCACGUCGCGGCCAGGCACAGCCGUCUGCGCCCUGCCGAGCCAGCCCAGCCCUCCGGAGACGCUGGCCGAGGGUUUCUCCGGUGCGGGGGCUCUGGCCCAGCCGGGGCCGAGGCGUGGUGCACACGUAGGAGAGCACCCAGCAGGCUGUCGGCUGCUCUCGCAAGUGCUCUGGGUGAGGGCUGCCCAGAGCCGUUUCCUUACGAGCUGCCCUGGAGCUUGGGGCACCAGCAGGCUCCUUUUCCCUCCUUCUCUUCCUUCCCAAGUGAUGGGGACCAGGGGAGCAGAGGGCCAGGCGGCGCGGCGGAGAGCCCCGGCACGGAUGCGUGUUGGGGUUGUUUCUGUUGGGGUUGGCGUCCCAGCUGGGCUCACGCUGCUCCCAGGCGGCCCGGGGGGGGCAGCGUGCCGGAUGGAGGGACUGCAGCCCGGAGACAUGCCAUCUGCUUCUCGUCAGGUUGUUAGGAGCGCCGAGGCUGCCGGGGCCCGGCAGCAGGACGUUGUUAUGAUAGAUGGUCUGUUUAUCACGUUUCGGCUCUGCUCAGGAUGUUAGUGCUUGCCUGCAAAAGACAUUUCUGGGCUCAGUCUCUCCCUCCCUCCUCCACCUUCCUCCGGCUCCCCCUAGGAGCCCGCUCCUGCUCCCGCGGUUCUGCCGGGGCUGCAGCCUCUGGGGCUGCCAGUGCAGGAGGAGGAGGACGUCCUCCCUGCGGCACCCGGCCAUGCCACUGGAAGGGCUCGGCUCAGCUCUGCCGCCCCGGGGAGCAGAUCCAGCCAGUGUCCGAGCUGCAGGAGCUCAGGCUGGCUCCAAGCUGGGCCUGAAGCCUUCCUGCAGGUGUUGUCCAGCUGCGGGCUCUCCCCUGCACCAACCCAGGCUCAGCAGGGACCACAGGGACUUUCCAUCAGCUCUUAACCCCCUGGAGCCUGAGCUGGGGGGAUGCCAGUGCUGGGAGCAGCCGCCCGGCCAUGGGAAGAGGUGGAGGGCAGGGAGUGAUGCACUGCUUGAGAUCCACAUCUCCCACCCCAUGGAGGUGUCCUGGCCCUGCUGAGCAUGAGUCCUGGGUCCCAGGGCCAUCACAGCACCGCGGGGGCAGUGUUUCCACGCUUCGGCAUCCCACUGGCGCUCAAGCUGAGGCCCGAGUCCCUUGGCCAUGAGAAACACCAGCUGCCAAUGUGCCUGGGGCCAGGCUUUCUCCUACCGUGGGGGUGGCGGUGGUUCUCUCAGCCAACGCUCUGCCCUAUGCUCCCAUACCACUGGCAGGGUCCCCGCUUCUGCAGCCCCUGGACAGCCCUGCUUUCCAUGAAACCAGACCCUGUGCUAUCAUACAAAGGAAGGGUGAAGCAAGGGAGGGCACCCAGGUUUUCCUCUCUGCCCAUCCGGCUCCCCAUCUCACUUUGUCACCCAUCUCUCGUGCAGGCCCUCUCUUUCUCGCCCAGCUCUGUCCAUAUCCCAGACUCUCUACCAGGCUAUUCGGGACAGAAACCCAUGGGCCAGUCCCUGCUGAGCUGGUGGCCGUGCUGAGCAGUGAAGCCCAGGUCUGCCCUAUGCCAGGACAGUGCCACACAGACUUCCUGGCCCAGUCCAUGCCUGCCUGCACUGCAGAGGACACGAACAUGCUGCUCCUAAAAGGGACCUCUUGUCUACACCCCAGCAGGGCAGCCAGACCCGCAGCCAUGCCGUGGCACAACCCCAUAGCCCUAGCUGUGCACUGGCGCACGCACACCACGUAAAACCAUCCCUAAGCACAGCCUAGGACAUACACACCACAGCCCUGCUCAUCAGUGCCCACACACAAGCGUGCGAGGGGCGAGAUGCCACCAGUCAGAGGUCUGCUGAGUCCGGAUGUCUGUCUCUGCCAAGGUGAAGCUGGCAUCUGCAAGCCUCUCCAUGAGCCCUCGCCCGGUGCCCCGGGCCACCCACGUGCUGCUGGCCUCAGCAAGAAGGCAAGAGCAGCCAUGCACUCCUCCAUGUCUCCCAGCCCAAGGUGCAGUGCUGCAUCUCUGGUCAAUUGGGAGUCUGAGAUGAAGCACUGUAGCUCGGGAAGGGAGGAACUCUGCACCAUGGGGCAGCCCUGUCAGGAGUCCCGGGAGCUGUUGGGGGGGGCACAACACAUCAUGCCCCAUGAGGGAGACAGAUGCAAACAAAGCACAUGAGGCCGGGCAGCAAGACUGGAAGCCAAUGCAGCAGCACAUGCUAGUGGAGGCCAGGGCUCAGGGGGCAUUUCUAAGGGCAUCGAUUAGCCAGGAGACCCUUUGGUUAGGGGUCUACCUCCUUCUUCCUGCCAAUCUCUAGUUGGGCUCUUCCAGCCACACUCAUGUUUUGGACUUCCCCCUGCAAUCUACAGGUGGACAAACAACAGAGCACUGAGAAGGAAGCCUGAAGAUUACCAGCAGGUCCCGAGGGCAUCCUACUGCAGGAGGUAACUCUCGUGAGCCAGAGUUACCAAGUCCCAGCUAUGGGGCAGGGAUCGCCCCAUAGCUUUGUGUUGCACAGAGGGGAAAAGGAGGGAUUAGCUGGGAGGUGCAGGGUGGAAAGAGGUUCCUCCGUGCAACAAAGUCCUCUUUGUCAGCUCAAGUCCCACCACCAGAGGUGGGGGGGAGGAUCACCACCAAGUAUGUACAAGGUGCAUGGAAAUAUGGGAGCUUUAUGUGGCAAGGUUCUCCGAGGGGACAACAGGGACAAGGCAGCAGCAUCUCUCCACCAGUCAUCCAGAGACUUGGGUGGAGGAAAGGAUGCUUUGGACUGGAGCUGGUGGAGAGCCAAGGUCGCCGUGUCCUCAGGGUCCAGUUUUCCCAGGAAUCCCUUAGGCACUAUGUUGGGGAUUCCUGGAAAUACUGUUCUUGGGGCCACGGCUCGGCAGCCGGAGAUAGUCUGUCCCUCAAGGGGAACCAGAACCUUCAGAAGCAUCACAGACCAAGGUAUGGCACCAUUUCUGUGCAUUUCUAGGGGCUGAGAGAGAUAGUGGGAGCCCUCUGACCCUUGGUUACCUCAAAUGUGGGGAGCUGCACAGUCUGACCCAGAGCGCUCCAGCUCCCCAGACCCAGGGAUGACAGAUAUCCCCCCCCCCCCCAGGACCAUAGAUCAUUACAGGAGGACAUGGCUGGCAGAUGGCCUUUUGCUUUGCCUCUGCCCUUUGCUGCCCUCCAGGAGGAGCAGCUCUCCCCUGGGGUCCUGUGCACAUCACUUAGCCACCGUUGUGUCAAUAAAGGUCUAGAUUCAGGAGUAAAUCUGUCCUGGCCAUUUCUUUGGGGCUGGGAGCAGGGCAGGAGUGACAGCACUGCUGCACCAUGAGCACGGGGCUGUGCUGAGACAUUUGGUACAUCAUCCCUGUUGCUGCUCAGCAACACAACCUGUUCUGGGCAGCCCCCACCUUGGCCAGGAGCUGAGAUCUCUCCUGAGACCAUAGGGCUCUGCAGCCUGUCCUGGGCACUUGGCAUCUGCCCAGCAUUAAACAAAUCCUUCAGUAACACCAGCAUCUUGGCUCACGCCUGGCCAAGGCUGAGCACUGAGCACCAGGAGAGCCCCAGCCUGCAAAGCCCCCUCUGACUCUGGGCUCUCUCCAUUGGGCAACUGUGGCAUCCCCCCAGCACCGAGGCUGCAGCCCCUAAGUUGGCUGAGCCCCCUGGCUUGGCUGAGCCCCCCAGGCUUGGAGCACAAAAAAGAAGGGAAGCUCCUGGGACUGCAGGAGUAGGGAGCAGACCUGGGGGGACAUCCCGCAUGUUGGUUCAUCGGCAAGGUGUACGUGGAGGAUGUGUCCUCUCUAGACACCUGCCACCUUUCCACCACCUCUUCCCUCCACACUGGCAUCAGGAGGCCCUGAGCAGGUGCUGCUCUGCUCCUCCAGGCUGCAAGGCUGCACCUCGGUCCCCAGCCCCAACUGUCCCGUUCGGCCGAGCAGAUGUACCCCUGGCAGGGGCUGCCCUCUGCCCUGGGCUGUGCUCAGGAGGAGCAAGGAGAGGGCGGUUAAACUACCACAGUGCCUGCUCUGCCCCACGGCCUGCACACGGCCCACAGCUGUAUAGGAUUUGGGAGGGGAUGGAGGUGCAGGACAGAGGUGCAGGAUGGAGACAGGCCCAGUUUGGGGGUGCUGUUUGGGGGUUCAGGAUGGAGGCAGGCACAGGUUGGAGGCGCAGGUUGGAGACGCAGGAUGAGGCAGGCACAGGUUGGAGGCGCAGGUUGGGGGUUCAGGAUGGAGGUAGGUGCAGGUUGGAGGCCCAGUUUGGAGGUGCAGUUUGGGGGUUCAGGAUAGAGGUAGGUGCAGGUUGGAGGCGCAGUUUGGGGGUGCGGGCUGAAGCAGGCGCAGUUCGGAGGCGCAGGCCGGCGGCGCGGUGGCCGGCCGGGCAGACGGCAGGUGGCAGUGCUGCCUAGCCCGCAGCAGGCAGGGCCGCACUGCCCACCCCUGCCAGCCCCCGGGGGGGGGGGGGAGGAGGAGACCAGGGCCACCGGGGACCCCCGAGCAGCACCACGUGCAUCUCCACAGCCACACCGCCGCCGAGCUCGGGGAGGCCGGGCUGGGCACCUUCACCGGCUGCCCCGGGACGGACGAGCCCACCCCCGUGGUCACGAGCAUCCCACGGUGCCGGGCUCCCGGGACCGCCGAGGCAGGCUGGAAACGCCCGGGCCGGGAUGGCAACCUCCAAAUCGCGAAUGCGGCUGGCAGAGGAAACCUGGGCGGGCGAGGAAACCCCGCUCGGAGCAGCCGCUCCGAAACCCCAGCGCGCGCUGCCGCGGGCGGGCGGGAAACGGCGGCUCUCGCCAGGGCUGUCGAAAGUUCUUCCUGCCCAGAACAGCGAGGAAAAGUGGAAAUCGCAAAACCUUUUUGGAAAUGACAGGCCAAAAAUCCCCUGCAAGAGCAGUUCUGGUCUGGGGUGAGUCCAGCUGCUCCGUUUCAACCAUUUCCAGGUGGUUUGUUUUGAUUUUGAUUGUUGGGGGGGGGUAUUACAUGACAUCCAGUUGCGGAACGGAAAGCUGUUUCUCACACACACACAAAUUAAAAAAAUACGGCACUUAGUUCAGGAAAUGCCAA